AUGUUUGAGAAGGUGUUCACGUAUUGCCAACGACAAAUAUACGGCGGGAGCAGCGCACCUGAAGGUGAAUAUCCUUACGUAGUGAGAUUAGAAGUUCUAAUGACUAAAAACAGUACGGGAGCUAUUCUUCAUGGCCACGUCUGCACCGCAUCGGCCAUAUCACCGACGUGGACGUUGACAGCGGCACACUGCGUGAAUGGGGCUAAAAAGCGCCAGUUAAAUGUCUUUAUAAGAUAUGGACGUGUUGAACAUUCAUUGGAACAUAAAGACACCUUUAGCGAUGUCUUAAUGAUAAUCAUACAUCCCUUGUACACACAAAGCAGCGAAGAUCGUCGCAAAGUUAAUGUAAAAAAUGACAUCGGUCUUUUGAAAACCACACCAAUGAAAGUCAAAAGCUACGGUAAACUAAGCGCAGUUGAUUUCUUCUCUCUAUACGGUUAUGAAGCGGUACUAGCAGGAUAUGGAAUAACAACUACUGAAUUACCUAAUGGCAAAAUUUUAACUUCUAGUACACUCAAUCUACAAAAGCCGUUACAAAUUGUAAAAGUACUGAUGUAUAAAUGCAAGCAGAAUAUUUUGCGACCAGUUAUUUGCUUGGCUCAGAGAUGUGGAAAAAGAAUAACGGCAUGUCAAGGUGACUCUGGAGGUCCAUUGAUCCAUCCUUCAGGAGUGGUCGGCGUGAUAUCAAUGGCGGAACCGUCAGGAGAAUGCUUAGAUGAGGUCAAAAAAAGACGGACCCUUGUCGCCGGUUUAAUUUUGCCUAUAAGUCCUUACAUCGAAUGGAUCCAAAUCGUUGAAUGUACUUCUAAGAAAAAUCCUUUAAGAAUAUACGGCGGGAGCAGCGCAUCUGAAGGUGAAUAUCCUUACGUGGUGAGAUUAGAAGUUCUAGUGACUAAAAACAGUACGGAAGCUAUUCUUCAUGGCCACGUCUGCACCGCAUCGGCCAUAUCACCGACAUGGACGUUGACAGCGGCACACUGCGUGAAUGGGGCUAAAAAGCGCCAGUUAAAUGUCUUUAUAAGAUAUGGACGUGUUGAACAUUCACUGGAACAUAAAGACACCUUUAGCGAUGUCUUAAUGAUAAUCAUACAUCCCUUGUACACACAAAGCAACGAAGAUCGUCCACAAAUUAAUGUAAGGAAUGACAUCGGUCUUUUGAAAACCACACCAAUAAAAGUCAAAAGCUUCGGUAAACUAAGCGCAGUUGAUUUUUUCUCUUUAUACGGUUAUGAAGCGGUACUGGCAGGAUAUGGAAUAACAACUACUGAAUUACCUGAUGGCAAAAUUUUAACCAAUACUACACUCAAUCUACAAAAACCGCUACAAAUUGUAAAAGUACUAAUGUAUAAAUGCAAGCAGAAUAUUUUGCGACCAGUUAUUUGCCUGGCUCCGAGAUGUGGGAAAAGAGUAACGGCAUGUCAAGGUGACUCUGGAGGUCCAUUGAUCCAUCCUUCAGGAGUGGUAGGCGUGAUAUCGAUGGGGGAACCGUCAGGAGAAUGCUUAAAUCCGAUCAUAAAAAGACGGACCCUUGUCGCCGGUUUCAUUUUACCUAUAAGUCCUUACAUUGAAUGGAUUCAAAGUCAUGUGAAUGUUUGAUGUAAAAUAACCUUUACUUUUAUACUAAGUUAAGAAGAGGUAAGGCUAUUGAACUGAAUUUUUGGCACCGCGUAGCUUUUUAAAGAUUCGAGUAUGGUACACUGCAAUGGUUGUUUUCUUUUCUAAUGUAAUGAAGCCUAAAUAUACUUUUUUGUUAUAUAGGAUG